AUGUUUGUCCACGCAGGUUUGGCUAUGAUGGCUCUACCAUUGGUGUUUGGUAGUCCAGCUGCACCAAUUUCACCACGUGCAGUGACGGGAACUUCGACCUUUUAUGGAGGAAACCUCAGUGGUGGAACUUGUUCCUUUACCACCAUGGGCUCCCUUCCAUCUGGUAUCUAUGGAACGGCAUUCUCAGGAUCCUCGUGGAAUAGUGCUGCAAAUUGUGGAGCAUGCCUCGACGUGACGGGCCCGAAUGGCAAAACUAUUCGAGUCAUGGUGGUGGACAAAUGUCCCGAGUGUGAGACUGGCCACCUUGACCUAUUCCAAGAUGCCUUUGCAAAGAUUGGCGAUAUAAGUGCUGGCAAGAUUGCCACAUCUUACACGCCAGUGGCCUGUGGGAUUUCUUCUGCGUUCAAGCUCCACAACAAGAGUGGCACCAGCAAGUAUUGGUUUAGCAUGCAAGUUGUGAAUCAUAACCAGCCGAUAUCCAAGCUAGAGGUCUCGACCGACGGAGGCUCUACGUGGAAGAGCACGACUAGGCAGGACUACAACUUUUUCGAGAAUAGCAGCGGAUUUGGAACCGACACUGUCGACGUUAGGGUCACAAGCACAAACGGCAAGUCAAUCACUGUCAAAAGCGUCAGUGUUGCCAGUGACUCAUCAGUCACGGCUGGAUCCAACUUUUGA